AUGGGAAAUGAAACAACGUUUCAGGUUUGUCAUUUGAUUCCGGCUUUUCCUUCACAGAUCCCAGAGGAUGAAAACACGCACGCCCAUGAAGAAGGGAAACGCAGUGCAGUAAAACUAGGCAAGAAAUGGCGGGCGGUGAUAUCGAGGACGAUGAACAGGAAAAGCGGCAAGAUGAUGAUGAAGGCCAUGGCUGACGAGAUGGGGGAGACGGGAGAGUCUGGGUCUUUGUCUCCGACGUCUUUAGAUAGCAGUUUGGAUGGGAGCUUCCCGGGGAAACUGUCUGAUCCGGAGGACAAUCAGCACACAUCUGUCAGCAGACAGACCUCCACCGGCAGCGAGUUGUACAGCCCAUCUUAUGCCCAGAGCAACAGAGACAGCAUCAACAUAGAAAACCUUGCCCCCCCAUACACUGGACCAUUCUGCGGGAAAGCAAAGGUCCAUACUGACUUCACACCCAGUCCAUAUGAGAAGGAUUCCCUCAAACUCAGGGUAGGAGACAUCAUCAACAUCAUCGAGAAACCUCCAGUCGGAACCUGGACGGGCAUGUUGAAUAACAAGGUGGGGUCAUUCAAGUUCAUCUACGUAGAAAUCCUACCCCAGGAAACAGAGACCCCCAAAAAAGUCCGGACACAUCGGAGGAGCAAAAAAUCACAACCCAAGACACUGAAGGAGCUGCUUGAUCGUAUCAACAUGCAGGAACACAUCGCCACCCUCAUGCUGAAUGGUUAUCAGACAAUAGAGGACUUUAAGGACCUGACUGAGAGCCAUCUGCUGGAAUUGAACAUCACAGACCCUCAACACACUGUUAAACUGCUGACCGCUGCUGAAGUCCUGCUGGAUUAUGACAGAUUUCACGAUUGCUAUGUUGCAGCCACCAGCGAAUCAGAAGAGGUGACCGGGACAUCUUUAGCAGAUCAAAAUGCUCACCUUCCCCGAGACUCGGGCUGCUACGAGGGACCUGAGAAUCUUGAAAGCAGCCGUGACGAGUCUGACGGCCCCGAGGAGAGCUUGCAGAAACUGUCCUUAGAUGACGGUGAAGUGACCACUCAGGAAGGAUGA